UAACGCCUGAAGAUAGUUCAAGCCCGCGAUGCUAACUGCUACCAUAGUUCCCAGUCCCUCUCGUCCCAGCCAGGGAAGGUUUCAAAAUGGCGGAAGAGGGUUCAUCAUCUGAAGUCGAUGUCUUGGAGAGUCUAAAAUCAGAGCUAAUACUAGACUACUGCUCUUAUAAACUAUGGAAUGAGUUCAAGAGAAGUUCACAGAUGACCAAAGGCUUGUUAAAAAUCCUUAAAGAUGUUUAUAUAUGCAAGGAAAAUAAUAUAUUUGAUGAAGAACUCAAGAAUAAGUUAAACUGCACAAGAUUCAUAUGUGGUUUGUCUGAGGCCAGAGUCCUUACAGAUGACGGCAAUGUUAAAUAUAAGGAUCUACAUCCAAACUGUCUGUCACAUGCAGAGGAUGUGUUGAAGAUGUAUCCCUUCUCGGCAUCGGAGCAAUCUCAUUUUAGGAAUAUGAUGAAAUUACAGCUCAUCGUAUCAUCAUACAGAGCUGGCAAACUAAGCAGAGCAAGGAAGAUUUUCCUACAGCUGUACCCCGAAACAACUGAAGCCGAUGAAGAAUAUCAAGAUGAGAUUCAAGAGCUUCUUGAUUCUGAAAAUGAAACCUUGAAACAAAAAAUUUUGCUUCGAUUCUCUUAUGAGAAAUUUCUGAGAAAUGUUUGUGAUUUUCUCACUCCUCUGUGGGAAAAAUAUGACAUACCUCUUCUUGAAAAGUUUAAAGGUGAAUUGAGUAAAGUGGACGAUGGAAGAAUCCCUGGGUUUUUCCUCAAAGCAUAUCAUGACUGUAGUGUCUUUAAGAAUGAAGAUUGUGAGGCAUCCUGGCAAUCUAUCAUUAAUGAAACUCACCCAGAUAUAAAAGCAUUUAAAAAGAAACUAAAGAACAAAAAAGAAACUACUACAGACAGUGCAAGUGAAAACAGGAAGAGUGCAAUGGAUCAUGAUAGGUCACUAUCUUCUGAUGUCGACGAGGAGAUCAUGAAAUCCAGACAAAUAAUUAUUAAGCUGACCAAAUCAUCUAAGCAGCUCAAUGAGUUCGUAAAGAAAAGAAACCAAAGAUCUGCUGCCAAUGAAGGCAGCGACGAUGAAGAUGAUGAUGAUGUUACUGAUGAUAAUGAAAAUAUUAGGAAACAAUCCCCUGCCAAGGAAAGCACCAAGAACAAAAGUCCCAUGAAGCGGAGCCCUUUGAAAAGACGAUGGAAUGACCAUCAAAAAGAUGCAGAAGUCAUUGAAUGGUCUCUGUCCGAAGAUGAAGAACAUCAAACUAUCU